AUAAAUAUUAAAGCAACUUAAGUUGGAAAAAAAAAUAGAUGUAUGGUCAUCACGAACGGUAGUAUCUGGCGCAGCUCUUAGCUGCCACCAUCCACCAUCCACCAUUCAGAUAGUUGCUGUCGACUGCCGUGUGUACGUUUAGUUACUCAAAGCAUAACGUGACGGAUUGGAUUAUCUAUACAAGAAAGAUACUCCCGAAUCCUCCCUUUCCCUUCCCUAAGUCCCUCAAGCCGACAACCCCCCUGUCCUGUGUUGAGUUUGUGGAAAACUCAAGAGCCAAAAGUGAAACUUUGGUUUUUUGUGAAUAAAUAGAGUUUUAUCCGGCCAGACGCAGCAACGUCAACAUCAACUGGUAGCUAGCUGGUAAGCUAAACAAUUGGAAGUAACAUACGUCGGGUUAAUUCAGUGACAGCAGUGACAGUAGUGAGAUAAGGUGUGCGGCUGGUUGUCAGCCGCUUAAAAUUAAAACUAUAAAGCCGGGAAAUAUCAUCCAGCAUGACCUCCAAUAGUUCACCGAAGUUGUCCACCACCGAGCGUGUAAUAAAAAGUGUACCAUUCCCACCGUCUCACAAACUGACAGUGGCAGAGGUAUUCGACGCUCGAACAGGAAGGCCUCGACCAGAUGUACUCAAGCACCAUUUCGUUCUCGAAGGCAGAAUUGACGAAGCAGCAGCAUUGCGCAUUGUCAAUGAUGGUGCUGCUCUUCUACGAUCAGAGAAAACAAUGAUCGACAUAGAGGCCCCAGUUACUGUGUGUGGCGAUAUCCAUGGACAAUUCUACGACCUUAUGAAAUUAUUCGAGGUUGGAGGUCCACCCUCAACAACAAAAUACCUCUUUCUAGGCGACUACGUAGAUAGGGGUUACUUCAGUAUCGAGUGCGUAUUGUACCUGUGGGCACUGAAACUGUGCCAUCCAACCACUCUCUUCCUACUCAGAGGCAACCACGAGUGCCGGCAUCUCACGGAAUACUUCACAUUUAAACAAGAAUGCAAAAUAAAAUACUCGGAGAAAGUAUACGAUGCGUGUAUGGACGCGUUCGACUGUUUACCACUAGCGGCCCUGAUGAACCAACAGUUCUUGUGUGUUCACGGUGGUCUGUCACCAGAAAUCCAUGUCUUGGAAGAUAUCCGAAAGUUGGACAGGUUCAAAGAGCCACCAGCUUAUGGACCAAUGUGUGACUUACUUUGGUCGGAUCCACUCGAAGACUUUGGUAAUGAAAAAAAUGCCGAACACUUUUCUCAUAAUAGCGUUCGGGGUUGUUCGUAUUUCUACAGCUAUGCAGCGUGCUGUGACUUUCUGCAAAACAACAGUCUCUUGAGUAUCAUAAGGGCGCACGAAGCACAGGACGCUGGCUAUCGUAUGUACCGUAAAUCCCAGACGACGGGCUUCCCAUCGCUCAUAACUAUCUUCAGUGCACCCAACUACCUCGAUGUCUACAACAAUAAGGCGGCCGUGCUCAAGUACGAGAACAACGUAAUGAAUAUCAGACAAUUCAACUGCUCGCCACAUCCAUACUGGCUGCCGAACUUUAUGGAUGUGUUCACGUGGUCCCUGCCAUUCGUCGGUGAAAAAGUUACUGAGAUGCUGGUUAACGUAUUGAACAUUUGCUCGGACGACGAGCUCAUGAGCGACGGAGACGACGCCCUCGAAGAAGUCGCCGCCAAAGUCGUUGUCCAAAAAAAAAAUGGUGCAGCAGCAAAUUUACGCAAGGAAGUCAUCAGAAACAAGAUCAGGGCGAUUGGAAAAAUGGCACGAGUAUUUUCCGUCCUCAGAGAGGAGAGCGAGAGUGUCUUGCAGUUGAAAGGACUCACGCCUACGGGUGCCCUUCCUUUGGGAGCACUGUCCGGCGGCAAGAUGUCUCUAAAAAACGCGCUCCAAGGAUUCUCACCGAACCACAAAAUCACGUCGUUCGCCGAAGCCAAGGGUCUUGACGCUAUUAACGAGCGAAUGCCGCCGCGAAAAAACGCACCACCUACGCCGGUAAAUGAGGAAAAGCCGGUGAUAAAACCUGCCGCUGCGGCUACUGGAGAAAAGCAAGAACAGUGUACACCUCCGCCUCACUCGUGAAUCUCAUAAACGUCUUGUUUGAGGUGACAACUAUGAGUCUCAACUUCUGGUCGCCUUGAAACACCACCAAUGUUACAUUGCUCGUCUCCCCAAAUAAAAAUUAGACAUAGCCGUUGCAUCGAGUCAAAUCAGAUAUUACCAAGAGUAAAGAGGAAACCUUGAGAAAAAUAAAAAA